AUGCAGCUCACGAAGACGCUGCUGCAAGCUGACUUUGGACUGGAUGUUGAGCUACCUGACGAUCAUAGUACCACCUAUGGUGAUCCAGAUCAAAGAGUCCUCGGGCUCGAUAUCGGCACUGGAGCAAGCUGUAUCUACCCGCUCAUAGGAUGUACCCAGCGGAAAUGGUCUUUCUUCGCGACUGACAUCGACUCCAAGACUCUGGAAUUCGCCAAGAAGAACGUAGAAUUGAAUAAUCUACAAAGUCGAAUCUCCGUCAUUGCCCGUGCACCUCAGGAUCCCAUGAUCCCCCUGACCGAUUUGGGCAUAGAGUCACUCACCUUUGUCAUGACGAAUCCCCCAUUCUACACAUCCGAAGACGACCUCCUAAACUCGGCGAAGCAAAAGUCGCGCCCCCCUUUGACUGCAUGCACCGGCGCGCCAGUGGAGAUGGUGACAGACGGCGGCGAAGUCAAGUUCGUGUCCAGAAUCCUCGAGGAAUCACUCAUCCUGCGCGAGAGGAUACAAUGGUACACGUCCAUGUUUGGGAAACAGUCGAGCCUCGAGGGGUUUAUCGCGAUUCUGAAAGAGAAGAGCGUUGACAACUACGCCGUGACGGAAUUUGUGCAAGGUAACAAAACGAGGCGCUGGGCCGUCGCGUGGAGUUUUGGCACGAUGAGACCGUCGGAGGAAGCCGCGAGGGGGAUGAAGGCUGCAGUUUGGAAGAAGCUGCUACCUCCGAGUGUGGAAUCCGAGAUCGCUGCUUUCCCGCUUGACACAGAGGUAGGGAAGCUUCAAGACAAGAUCCAAGAGCUCAUGUCUUCGUUGGAACUGGUUUCUUGGGAAUGGGACCGUGAGAAACUUGUCGGUAUCGGCAGGGCGCGGGAGAACGUGUGGAGUCGUGCCUGGAGACGGAAGAAGAUGCGAGAGGAACGAGAGGGCAAGACUGCUGUCGAGGAGUCACCAAACUCUGAGGGAUGCAAGUUUGGAUUUGAGAUUGCGCUGGAUAUUGGGAGAGAGGGAACUAUCCUAAGGUGCCGGUGGAGGGAGGGGCAUGAUCAGGCACUCUUUGACAGCUUCGGUGGUUUCCUCAAGACUCGCAUGACCCUUUGA